CGCUCUCUAACUCCUCCUCUCAUUUGCUUCUGUCUAUUUUUUUUGGUAGAUUUUAGCGCCCUGAUACCUCUAGAAUUCGUGUAUUGUUCUCUCCUUUCAGCAUGCCACCCUGUUUCGUCUAGUGAACGUUACUUUAGGACCCUCCGAAGGCUAUCUUUUGAUCCUCCGAUCCUCCGAACGCGACUAUUACGAGGCACUGGGCUUCUUUGCCACUGCUUCUGAGGCCAUCGUUAUAUAUCUGAUUCAGGUUGCGCCUAUUGCCGCCAUUCACUCUCGCCAUGGCUUUUUUCCGACAGACAUGGACACUUACCAAGAAGAAUCUCCUAGUGGUCUUCGUGCGGCAUUGGUUCUUUACAAGUAUACGUGCCUUUUGGGCGCCUAUCAUAUUUAUGUUCUUCAUUUCUUACGCAAAGAACUUCUUUGUGCCUCCCUCACAAUUUGGCAUUGGCCACCCUAUACUCAUUCGGAGCCUCGGAAACGCAUUGAACUCCGCCCAGGGAAAUCGGAACACGGUCGUCUUUGUGAACAACGGCCAUAUUGGGGGAGAUAUCGAGAGGGUCAUCAACGACGUCUCCGCGACGGUCCGCACCGCUGGGAAGACCGUUAAGGUUGUAGAACAAGAUGUGGACUUGCUCACGACGUGCGCAAGCUCACUUAGGGGCGCUAGCACUUGCUUCGGGGCAAUCAGCUUCCAUUCCUCCCCGACUGAGGGGGUUGGAGGUGGUUGGAACUAUACUCUGAGAGCCGACGGUGCUUUUGGCGAACGUAUCUUUGUUGACCGCACUAAUAACGACGUCGAAAUAUAUGUUCUUCCAUUCCAGCAUGCCGUAGACGCGGCGAUUGGGGCUCUAAAUGGGACGAAUACGCAGAAAACAAUCAACGAGUAUCCAUUCACUGACCAGACAUCAAAGGAACGUGACACGGAGAUUCGACGUCUAUACAUGGGUGCUCUCAUCAACAUCUUGGCUGUAGCAUACUAUAUCGGUAUCUGCGGAGUCACGUAUCAACUCACUGGACAAAUGGCAUCAGAGCGCGAAGCUGGAGUAUCUCAACUAGUAGAAGCCAUGACUCCAGUGAAGAAGCCCUGGCAUAUCCAGGCCGCUCGACUUCUUUCGAACCAUCUGAGUUUUGAUAUCAUCUACCUCCCGGGCUGGAUUCUCAUGGCCGUCAUUCUUGCCCGUCUCAACUUUCCAGAAACCAAUGUCGGAAUCUUGAUCAUCUUCCAUAUCCUUGCCGGUCUUUCGCUUUCUAGCUUCUCCAUUUUUGGUGCAAGCUUCUUUCACAAGGCCCAACUCUCCGGUAUCACCAUCACUAUUGGCGCCAUAAUCCUUGCAAUAAUUGCCCAAGUUGCUGGACCGUUCAAUACGGCCGCAGUAGCUGUGCUCAGCCUACUGUUCCCCCCGAUCAACUACGUCUUCUUUGUGAUAUAUGUUGCUCGGUGGCAACGCGUCGCAGAGGCAACGAAUCUAGUCAAAGCGGCACCAAACUUCAACAGCACACGGUGGACACUACCAGGAAUCGCUUUUUGGAUAUUCCUCAUUAUUCAAAUCGUUGUCUACCCCAUUCUUGGUGCACUCGUGGAGCGCUGGCUUUAUGGAACCGUUUCCAAGGAUCGUAAAACCACCACUUCAUCUUCUGAUUAUUCUAUCGUGCUUUCAUCCUUCUCGAAGCAUUGGGCUCCUAGCUGGUUCCGUACCAUUGUCCUUUCGAAAAUUGGUAUCAAACCUCCGGAGACAGUCUUUGCUGUGAACGAUUUAAGUAUCAAAGCGCGCAAAGGUCAAAUCAUGGUGCUUCUAGGAGCGAACGGCAGCGGCAAAUCGACCACUUUAGAUGCGAUCUCUGGCUUAAACACCAUUACUAGUGGGUCCAUUGAGAUCGACGGCACUGGGGGACUCGGUCUUUGCCCACAGAAAAAUGUCAUGUGGGACGAACUUACCGUUUUCGAGCACGUCCAGAUAUUCAAUCGCCUGAAGUCUCCAGGGGCUGGCGACGAUAAAACCGCUAUUAAGAAUCUCGUUAGGGUGUGCGACUUGAGCCACAAGCUCAAGGCUAAGUCAAGCACUCUCUCUGGAGGUCAGAAACGAAAACUCCAGCUCGCCAUGAUGUUCACUGGAGGUAGUCGCGUCUGCUGUGUCGACGAAGUAUCAUCUGGACUUGAUCCCUUAUCUCGAAGGAAGAUUUGGGACAUUCUUCUUUCUGAACGUGGAGAGAGAACCUUUCUUCUGACGACUCACUUCCUUGACGAAGCCGACAUCCUCUCCGAUUACAUCGCGAUCCUCUCGAGAGGGAACCUGAAGACCAAAGGUACAUCGGUGCAGCUCAAGCACCAAGUUGGAGCCGGCUACCACGUCACCAUGCCCAAGGACCAGAGAUUCUUGCCUCUUGGUGGUGUCCGAAAGCAAUCUGCUGGGGACAGACUCAUGUACUGGUUUUCUAGUGCAGCUGAGACAUCUAGGUUUGUCGAUCAACUGCGCAAAAAUGGCGUUAAAGAUUAUGACAUCAUUGGCCCAACCUUAGAAGAUGUUUUCCUCGCCCUAGCGGAGGAAGUUAAAGAGGAUGGAUUGGCUACUGAUACUACGUCUAUAGAAGGUACCGCGCGUGCCAAAAGUGCCGAUACCAUACCACCCUCGGACGACAGUUCAGAAGUUGACAAAGGCCUUCACAUGUCGAACGGCGAAGGCACAUCAAUGGCUGAGCAGACUUGGAUUCUAAUACAAAAACGCUUCACCAUUCUCCGCCGCAACUACCUUCCGUAUGCUGCUGCCGCUCUUCUCCCAAUUAUUACCGCUGGGCUUGUUACAUUCUUCUUGGAUGGCUUUAAAGCUGUCGGAUGUGAUCCGGGCGACCAGGCCAGCCACCCCAAGGUCUUUAAUAUUCAAGCUAUUACUGUGACGCCGUUAAUACCGGUUGGACCUUCUAGUUUGGUUGACCUUGACCUUCUCGCUAAACGGUCAGGGCUCAACAAUACAGCUUUCCAUGUCGUAAACAGCUUGAACGAAUUUAACGAUUAUGUCGCAACAACUUUUCGAAAUAUAACACCUGGUGGCUUUUUCCUGCAAGAAAAUGCUCCCCCUACGAUGGCGUACGUCGGCAAUGGCAACAUUCUCGGUGGUCUUAUUACUCUCAACGCCUUGUCUAAUACCCUCACUAACAUCCCCAUAUCAACCCAAUAUCAAGCAUUCGCAGUGCCAUUUGCACCUGGCACGGGAAAAACGCUGCAGCUGAUCCUGUACUUCGGCUUGGCCAUGAGUGUCUACCCGGCUUUCUUUGCGCUAUAUCCGACUGUUGAGCGAUUGCGUAAAGUUCGAGCCUUGCAUUUCAGCAACGGCAUUCGGGCUGCGCCAUUGUGGCUUGCGUAUUUAAUAUUCGACUUUGUCUUCGUGCUGGCGAUCAGCGCGAUUGUUAUGGGUAUAUUCAUUGGGGUCUCUAGCGUUUGGUACGCACCAGGAUACCUCUUUGUGGUAUUUUUCCUCUACGGCCUCACGUCUAUCCUCCUGUGCUAUGUGGUUUCCCUCGUGGUAACAUCCCAGCUCGCAGCUUUUGCGUUCGCUGCUGGCGGACAAGCCUGCUUCUUCCUGAUAUACUUCGUCAUUGACAUGUGUAUCUUGACAUACUCUCCAGCAUACCGCAUCAACUCCGACCUCACCUUAUCUCAUUUCGUAUAUUCCACGGUUACACCUGCUGGAAAUCUUAUCCGGUCUCUGCUCCUGACCCUCAACGAAUUCUCAUUGCUCUGUAACGACGAAUCAAUUGCGGCUUAUCCGGGCGCACUCAAAGUUUAUGGCGGGCCAAUUCUCUACCUGAUUGUUCAAGCCAUUGUUCUUUUCAUAACGCUAGUAUGGUGGGAUAGUGGAUACAAGCCGCCCGUCUUCACUCGUAGCAAGUCGAGAGCGAAACAUUCUGAGGAAGAUAUUGAUGCCAUCGACCCUGCCGUGGCUGCGGAAAUGAGACGUGUCGAACAGUCAAGCGAUAGCCUCCGAGUCCUGCAUCUCCACAAGACAUUCGGUCGCAACCAUGCAGUUAAUAACAUCACUUUCGGCGUUCCUCAAGGGGAAGUCUUUGCCCUCCUCGGACCCAAUGGCGCUGGCAAGAGCAGCACUAUCAGCUUGAUCAGAGGAGACAUACACCCAUCUCGCAAUGGCGGCGACAUCUGCAUCGAAGGCAUCAGUGUCAUUGCCAAACGAGCAACAGCCCGCGGCCAUCUUGGUGUAUGCCCACAAUUUGAUGCCAUGGAUGCCAUGACAGUCAGGGAGCACCUGGCAUUCUAUGCCCGCACCAGGGGCGUCACUAAUAUACAAUCCAACAUCGAUGCUGUCCUUGCUGCUACAGGACUAAUUCGCUUCUCUGACCGUCUCGCGCAUAAUCUCUCCGGUGGCAACAAGCGCAAAUUGAGUUUGGGCAUUGCGCUCAUGGGCAAUCCUUCCGUUCUACUCCUCGAUGAACCCUCCUCUGGCAUGGAUGCAGCAGCCAAACGCGUCAUGUGGCGCACGCUUCUGGGCGUGGCCGCGCCUGGGAGAGCUCUCUUGAUAACAACACACAGCAUGGAGGAAGCCGAUAAAUUGGCGACGAGGGUUGGCAUCAUGAAGCGGAAGAUGCUUGCUCUCGGCAGCGUUGCUGAGCUCGGGGACCAAUAUGGUGAUGCUUGGGUCGUGCAACUGGUUCUUAAAAGCGCACCGGAGACGAGAGAGGAGGAGAUGAGCGUUGUACGAGAAUGGGUUAAGAGCCGAAUCCCUGGGGUGCAAGUUGAGAGAUGGGGAAGCAAGGGCGGUGGGCAUGGACAGUUGAGAUUCAGAGUCCUCAAAGCUGCUGUUGCUAUGUCAGCGACGUCCCCGGGGGGUUCGGUUGCGGAGAAAGAGGCUACUGAUGAGAUUCACGAGGUCGAUGCUGUCUCACGAGGACCUGCGGGCGAUAAUGGCGGGGGUAUCCCAGGGUUGAUACACCUGCUAGAGGAAUACCGUGAAGAGCUGGGUUUAGAGCAUUACUCAGUCUCGCCAACAACAUUGGAUGAAGUCUUCCUCCGCGUUGUCGGCGAGGAAGAGGAGGAAGAUGGGAAUGUUAGAAAAGGUAAUAAGAAAGGAUCUAGGAUGGAGAAGUGGAGACUCUGGUGAUAUGGAUAAUUGUAAACGAAGACCUUCAAUGGCAAAUAAUUCUAGAUUUUCAAAGCAAUGUUUAGCAA